AUGCCCUCGGUCAAGAACCCUAACAAGCCGCCCAAGAACCGAAUAGCGGCCCGGCCCGUCAAGGAGCGCAAGACCCAGCAGAAGAAGUCCGCGGAGGGCAAGCUCUCGCGCGUUGAGAAGUCGACGGCAAGGCGCGAGGCCCGGCCAGGCCUGCUGCCAACCGGCGGACGCAAGCUCGACAGGAAGAUGAACCACGCGCUGAAGCGCCAGAUGGAGGCCGACGGGGAGGUGGAGAUGAAGGACGUCCGGGAGAAGAAGUCUUCCGCCAGCAAGACCAAGGAGGCCAGUGAUCCAAAAGCCUCUGAUGACAUGGAGCUCGAUAUCUCAUGA